AUGUGGCUUGAAGCGGAUGAACCGGCCAAAACUUUUGGUAUUCUGAUGUCCCCAUGCUCCAACAGGAAACCUCAACUUGUGGUUAUGCAAGGGAAAGCAAAGGCAUGGGCGGAUCAGAUCCAACCUAGUUUCUUUCACUGCUAUGAUGUCCUUCCUCUCCUUUGCACCACAAUCCAGGAGACUUUGGAGUACCCAAUGGCGCUCACCUUCUUCUCUCCACAGGAGUGGGACCAGAUACUGUCCCCAGUGCUCCGGGCAGCACUGCCCAAGGCUGAUAUCUGCGGCAACUUUCCUCAUGCUAUGGUCUACACCCUCAUUUCACUCCAAGGAGUGGGUGUCCCCUAUCCCUACGGCCUCCAAGUCAUCAAGCAGACCUGGAGUGAUCUUGAUUCUCUCUCCAUACAUCUGGAGUUUGAUUCUCCCUCCCUCCAACCAAUGCGCCAAGGGGACCAACUGUUAGUGGACUUGUUCAUUGACUCUUUGGUUGACCAACUUACAUUGAAAUGA